CUUUCAAAUCCCAGGGCAGCGGGUCCUUCAAGGCUAGCAUUGCAUUUUCAAUUAGCUGCCGAGUGAAUGCUUGGCAUGUGUAUUAGUGAAGAAGCACACAAUUAGCUUAUUGUUCCUUUCUGUAUUGUGCUGAGAGGUUCCAAGGGAUUGGUGGGGGAACAGGCAAGCCAGCCAUCACUGCGGAGUUGAAGAAGGGAUUUACUCAGACCUCCGCAUCUUCACUUGCUCGCUCUGGAAUUACAGCUAUUUAUUACGAAGUGCCCUGUGUGGCUGGGUGGAGUGUGCCUGAGGAAAGACAUCCCAGACAUCACCUGGGGUUAGUCUUUCUGAGCCCUUCACGUCUCUAAUUCUCAUCAUUAUCAUGGAGCCCAACAGUCCCAAAAAGAUACAAUUUGCUGUGCCUUUAUUCCAGAGUCAGAUUGCUCCUGAAGCAGCAGAGCAGAUCAGAAAAAGAAGACCUACACCAGCAUCACUUGUGAUUCUCAAUGAACACAAUCCCCCAGAAAUAGAUGACAAGAGGGUGACCAACACACAAGCUGAAUCACAAAAUGCAUCCCCUAAGCAAAGGAAGCAGAGCGUGUACACACCACCGGCCAUGAAAGGAACUACCGACAAGCAGCAAAGGAGAAAAGAAGAGACAGGAAUAGACAGAAAGCAGCAGCAUUAAAAGCGAACGGGAUCAGAAGAGAAAAAGGGUAUCUUUGUAUGCUUAGCUUAUAUGAUAGUCAAUAGAACAGAAGUGUUUUAGUUAGAAAUCUACACACAUGUGUAUGUAUGAAUGUAACAGCAUUAGCAUUGUAACCAUUUAUGUUUCUGUCUUUUAAAACUUCUCCUUAGAAAAUAAUCUAAAAAAUGGUGAUCGUUUUUUUGUUUGUUUGUUCUUGUGGUGGUUUUGUGUGUUUUUUGUUGUUGUUGUUGUUAAGAUUUCAAAGUCCUUCCAAGAAAAAUUUCCUCCCACAAAUUACUAAUUGGAUAAUUUAUUCUCUCAUAGCACACAUGCUUUGUUGCUAUUAAGUGAUACAUACCAGAUUUUUCCCUUUACAAAGAUUGAUGUGAUGUGGUAUGAAAGCCCCUGGAACAUCUCCACAGUGUUCUGGAGGACUUUGUUAUUUUCUUUUUCUCCACCAGGUGCAAAAUGGGUUGAUAAUAACCAGCAGCUGACUUGUGAGGCUGUGCUCCUGUGUGAGCUUGGAAAAACACCAACACAAAACAAACACCACCACUACCACCAUCGCCCUCCUGGAUUGCUUUCUGAAGCGCUUUAGAUAUUUUAUACACAAAUAUUGACGUUUUCAGAAACUGUUCCUUCGUUUUAUAUAUAUAUUUUUAAAUGUAUAUAUGCUAUGCUCUUUGCCAAGUUCUUCCUUUUUGUUGUAAUUUAUUUCUCUACUACUAAAAGGGAGAUCUUGAAUUUGGGUAAAUUUUAAGCAAUUUAUUUUUAGUUUUUCUAAUUUCUGGAAUCUGAGCCUUCUUUUACAAUAGGGAGAGGCUUUGACAUAUAUUUCCUUUGUUUCUUUUCAAGUUCCAUCAUAUGUAUUUAUUCUUUUCUUUCUUUUUCAAAUCCAUUGGUCUUGAUGGAAUUUAGUUCCACAAAUAUGUCUUGAUAAGCUGCUACAUACCAACCAGGUAUUUACGCAUCUGAGUUAUAAAAAUGCAAAGGCUUUUAUUGUUGCUGCCGCCCUGCCACUUAAUAUUGGUUCAGUUCUUUACAACUAAUAAAGUGGCCUCACCUUUGUUUCUCAGUUUACAAUCACAUUAAAUAUGUAUGACAAGUAGGAUUCAUUUUAUAGAUCAGGAAACUGGAGUCUGAAGAAAAUAAAUGGCCCUAAAUGAACUAAUAAUCCAACAAAACCCUUCUACUAGCUGAUGAUCUUUUUGAGAAGUUGUGACAGUUUUUCAGAUGGAAAAGCCUAUCUUCCUUAGAAACCAGAGGCUUUUACAGUUAAAAAAAAUUUUUUUUUAAUGUUUAUUUAUUAUUAAGAGACAGAGAGAGA